CAGAUUCAAACGUAACUGAAAUUGAUCACUCUAUCACAAUAAUACACUCAUUUAACUGUACUUCAUCACUACCUGGGUAUGAAUUUUGAACACUCUUUGGAGUAUUCGCUUUCUUCAUCUUCAACAUCAAGCACAGAUCAAAGCUUAUUUUCUUACAACAGUUUAGAAUCAGACCACACUUCUUCAUCGCCAUCAUCAUCCCUACUGCAUUUAGUGUCACAUAAGAAAACCUCAGGAAGAAAGAAGUUUAAAGAAACUAGACAUCCAAUUUACAGAGGAGUUAGAGCAAGGAAAAAUGAUAAAUGGGUUUGUGAAGUUAGAGAACCAAACAGUAAAUCAAGAAUUUGGCUUGGAACUCAUUCUAGUGCAGAAAUUGCAGCCAGAGCUUAUGAUGUUGCUGCAAUAGCUCUGCGAGGAAAAUCAGCUCCGUUAAAUUUUGAAGAUUCAUUGUGGUUGUUACCUCGCGCUAAGUCAUCAUCUGCUAAAGAUAUUCAAUUGGCUGCUUCCGAAGCCGUCCGUGCAUUUCCGUUCCCUAAUUCUAAGAAAUCUUCUCCCGUUGCAAAAAAUUCAUCCAAGUCCGUUACAUCUGAAUCAACCAAACAGACGGUUGAAAUUACGGGGAAAGUCUCUGAUAUAGCGACGUUUUUCGAUGAAGAAACGUUGUAUAAUAUGCCAGCACUUAUUGCCAGCAUGGCUGAAGGGAUGUUACUUGAUCCACCACAAGAGGGGUACUAUUUCGAUGAUGUGGAGUAUAACGUGGACAGCAAUUUGUGGACUGAAUGGGAUUAA